GCAGAACCGAGGAGAAAGAGGAGCUCAACAAACCGAAGACGCAGGAAAUACCUCAUCGCGACGUCCGUCGCCGACCCACGAUCGACCUCGCCUUCUUCUUACCAGGGUUCGAGUCCCCAAGAUGGUGAUGAGCGAGAAUACAAUCCGCAGCAUCAUUGGAGUCAUAGGCAAUGUCAUCUCCUGUGGUCUGUUCCUCUCCCCUCUCCCCACAUUCGUGCAAAUAAUCAAGAAAGGGACGGUGGAGCAGUUCUCCCCCGUCCCCUACCUCGCGACAGCUCUCAACUGCAUGCUCUGGAUAUUCUACGGCCUCCCGUUCGUCCACCCCAACAGCCUCCUCGUCAUCACCAUCAACGGCAUCGGUCUCACAUUCGAGUCCGUCUACCUCACCAUCUUCUUAAUUUACUCCAACGCCCAAGGCCGCUUGAAGGUGGUCAAGGUGUUGGCGGCCGAGAUAGCAUUCGUGGUGGUGGUGGUAGUGGUGGUGCUCCUGGUGGCACACACCUACGAGAGGAGGACGCUCAUCGUUGGGAUUCUCUGUAUCAUCUUCGGCACGUGCAUGUAUGCCGCUCCGCUUUCAGUCAUGAAACUGGUCGUCCAGACCAAAAGUGUCAAGUACAUGCCCUUCAGCCUCUCUUGUGCUAGCUUUCUUAAUGGUAUUUGCUGGACGACUUAUGCUUUCCUUCCCUUUGACAUCAACAUCCUGAUUCCCAAUGGCUUGGGUACUCUCUUGGCCCUCUCACAGUUGGUCCUUUAUGCAUGCUACUACAAGGCCACACCGCGAGCGGAACCCAAGUCCGAUAUUGAGAUGCACCAGAGCAUUUAACGUUCUGCUCACUCUCUUUCCGAUCCGAUGCGUGUAAAAUUUGUGUUGUUCACUGGACCGUUGCAGGGGUUGUCCCUUCCGAGACGUCGCAUACUAUCUUCUUCUCUCUGAGAAGCUUAUGCGAUCAGAAUUAGUUUUUUUUUUCUUCUGUUUUUUCAUAGUUAAAAACUUACUGUAUUAGAAAUAGAAAAGAUAUUAUUGAGAAAAAUAAAUCAUGAUAAGAUUAUCAUGAUU